AUGAACACUGAUAGAGCUUGUGCUGCUUGUCAGGAAACCGUUUACCCUUUCGAAGUGAUAAGAUGUUUUGACCAGAUAUGGCAUAGAAAAUGUUUUCGUUGCCAACAUUGUGGAAUGGCAUUGAGUAUAUGUAAUUAUCAUGGAUUUGACAAGAAACCAUAUUGUGCAGCACAUAGUCCAAAGCCGACUUCAUUCACUUUGGUUACGGAUACACCAGAACUGUUGAGAGUGGCAAACAAUACAAGAAUGUUCAGCAGUAUUCGAUACAGUGCAGAUGCUCAACGUAUUAGAGGCAAGAUUACAUCAUUUCCAGAUGAUUUAUGGACUCAGCAUACACUGAAACUAUCGAAACAAUACAGUGAGGCCAAUAACAUACGUUCAGGAAGAAGCUCUGGAUUCGAUGAACGUUAUUCACCUCAGUCAUUUAGACAAGGUGAGGUGCGUACUGGUUCAGCACCAUAUAACAAUCACUAUGGAUCAUCGGUUACUCCACCACCUAAUAGAUUUGGAAUUAAUAAUCACUGUACUUCACCACACACUUUUCCAAGUUCCGCAGGCAUACGCUCUAGAUCACUAUCAAAUCAUAAUGGAUGUCAUUUAGAAGUUGAUCCAUUGCAUCAUCAUCAUCAUUAUGAUCAAGUGAUUUCAUCACCACCAAGUCAAAAUGGAUUAAGUCGUUCGGGUUCUUGUCAUUCAAUUGUAAUUAAUAGUACAGGCAUACGCUCUAGAUCACUAUCAAAUCAUAAUGGAUGUCAUUUAGAAGUUGAUCCAUUGCAUCAUCAUCAUCAUUAUGAUCAAGUGAUUUCAUCACCACCAAGUCAAAAUGGAUUAAGUCGUUCGGGUUCUUGUCAUUCAAUUGUAAUUAAUAGUACAGGCAUACGCUCUAGAUCACUAUCAAAUCAUAAUGGAUGUCAUUUAGAAGUUGAUCCAUUGCAUCAUCAUCAUCAUUAUGAUCAAGUGAUUUCAUCACCACCAAGUCAAAAUGGAUUAAGUCGUUCGGGUUCUUGUCAUUCAAUUGUAAUUAAUAGUACAGGCAUACGCUCUAGAUCACUAUCAAAUCAUAAUGGAUGUCAUUUAGAAGUUGAUCCAUUGCAUCAUCAUCAUCAUUAUGAUCAAGUGAUUUCAUCACCACCAAGUCAAAAUGGAUUAAGUCGUUCGGGUUCUUGUCAUUCAAUUGUAAUUAAUAGUACAGCUUUUCCACCGGCAAAUAACAACACUGGUAACGCUGUCAUGAAUAACAACGGUAAUGUGGGUUCUUCAGAAACUAUCAAUAUACCUCGAGGUUCAACACUCAAUCUAAAUUUUCAUAACCAUUCAUCACAAACACGUGACGGGCCAAAUAACUCUGGUUUCGGUGGGACAUUUAUUGCUCAGUAUAGUUAUGAAGCUAAAGAUGAUGAUGAAGUAACUUUCAAACCUGGAGAUGUUAUAGUCAAUGGUCAACCUAUAUCUGAAGGUUGGAUGUACGGCACAGUUCAACGAACUGGACAAUUUGGAAUGUUACCAUCGAAUUAUGUUAAAUUACAUCGUUAA